AUGCUCUUCCUCUUAACUCCGUUGUUCGACGUCCUUCCACGAAAGACAUCCAUUCAUUUUUUUCUUUAAAUUUUUCUCUUAAAUUCAACUGUGUUCCGGAUUCUUGUCGACUAAAGCAGGAUGAUUGAACCCAAGAAGAGAGCGGCGGACAUGGCGGUGGUUCCGGCCGCCGUGAAGCGACCCCGCACGGAGCUGGUGGCCGCGGCUCAGUCGCAACAACUCGUGGCGAUGGGCCCCCCACGGAGCUCCAGCCUGCAGGCUCCCAUCAUGCUGAUGUCGGGCCAUGAGGGGGAGGUCUACUGCUGCAAGUUUCACCCCAACGGAGCCACGCUGGCCUCCUCAGGAUUUGACCGGCUCAUAUUGAUGUGGAAUGUAUAUGGGGAUUGUGACAACUAUGCCACUAUGAAGGGCCACAGUGGAGCAGUGAUGGAGCUCCACUACAACACAGACGGCAGCAUGCUGUUUUCCGCGAGCACGGACAAGACUGUAGGCGUGUGGGACAGUGAAACCGGCGAGAGGAUCAAGCGUCUGAAGGGCCACACCUCCUUCGUUAAUACCUGCUACCCUGCUCGCCGAGGGCCCCAGCUCGUCUGCACCGGCAGCGAUGACGGGACGGUCAAACUGUGGGACAUUCGUAAGAAAGGCGCAAUCCACACUUUCCAGAACACCUACCAGGUGCUCGCCGCCACAUUCAAUGACACCAGUGAUCAGAUCCUCUCUGGAGGCAUCGACAACGACAUCAAGGUGUGGGACUUGAGGCAGAACAAGCUGAUCUAUAACAUGCACGGUCACGGUGACUCAGUGACCGGACUCAGCCUGAGCUCUGAGGGAUCGUACCUUCUCUCAAACUCCAUGGACAACACAGUGCGUAUCUGGGAUGUCCGGCCAUUUGCACCCAAGGAGCGGUGCGUGAAGAUUUUCCAGGGCAACGUUCACAACUUUGAGAAGAACCUGCUGAGGUGCUCCUGGUCUACUGACGGCAGUAAGAUCGCUGCCGGCUCCGCUGACAGAUUCGUGUACAUCUGGGACACCACAUCACGUAGAAUCCUCUACAAGCUGCCGGGCCACGCCGGCUCGGUUAAUGAGGUGGCCUUUCACCCAGAGGAGCCUAUAGUGCUGUCUGGCGCCAGUGACAAAAGGCUCUACAUGGGAGAAAUUCAGUAGUGUUAGUGUGUGAGCGUGUGUGUGAAGAUGUGUGUGUGUGUGAGUCCUGCCUCAGAAGUGGAUGGGUGGUGUUUGUCAGUGGGUGAGGAGUCUCUGUAGUUUCAUGAGCUUCAGCUUGUCUCAGAACAACCUCAGGACGUGUGUUUGAAGUUUUAUUAUCAGUCACAAACCGCUCCGCCAAGACCCUUUUUUUUUUUUUUCUUUUUUAAAAAAAUUGGAUUUGUUUCUUUAUAAUAAACUUGAAUAUUCUUUCAAAACGCA